CCUCCGACGAUAUCGCCACAGUAGUACGCGCCUGACUCCCACUGCUCGCGCGUCGCUUGCGCACACGCAGCCUUGCCGCCAAGCGAUAACAACCUGAAACACCUCAUACUGUGUGUAGAACUUUACCAGGAUUACAGUGAGAGAACUCAAAUACAAUAGAACUGUGAUGUGAUCAGUGUACAGUACACCGUGUUAAAGCAGUGACUAUACGCCAAUUAACUGUUUAUGGCCUGUGCAGUGCGUCUAUUGUUGUGUGGAAGUCACUAAUCUUCUAUUCACCUGUUUCACCAAAUGUGGUUAGACUGUGAAAUGUGACAAAAAAUUGCAAUGAUACAUCAUUGUUCGACGUGGACCCUCGGUUUGUAAACUUUGUGGGCGACUACCUGACUACUGGAGGGUUGAAAUCGUCGGCCGACAGAUCGGACAACCCGUCGCCUUAUGAUUCUUCGUGCGUAAUGUCGGACAACGGUGGAACAGCUGUAUCCCGGGCCUCUACACCUCGGCCAGUUUCCGAAACCCCUGCGAAUCCCCCUCUACGCUCUAGACAUGACCAGUUUCUCGCAAGUACUGCUGAAAGGGCUCAAAGACCUUCAUCUAGUGGCCGAAAUCCCAGUGCCAAUUUCGACUCACCACCUUUACCAUACCAUCGUCAGAUAACCACUGGCUCUCUUCUCACGGCUUCCCAUCGUGAAUCAUCUGCCUUUGUUCCCGUAGUCCCAACAAGAGCCAUGCACCCAGUUAUGUACCCUAAUGAAAUUCACCCUCCCUUAUUACCUUCAGAAAUCAUAGAACGCGAGCGUAUUCUAGAAAGAGAUAGAAGUGAAUCAGCAAAAGGAUCUCCAGAUAGAGCAUCGGCUAACUUUCAAAAAAGGAAUUCAUUUGACUUAAUGGCUAUGAUGGUAGAAAAGAGAAAGGAGGUAGCAUUGCGGGAAGCUGCAGCUGCCAUGUUGAUGCCUCAUCAUAGAACUUCGUCAAUUGAUGGAAUGAUAUCUGAUGGGUCAUCACAACCUCCAAUUUAUGGUCCACCUGGUGCAUUCCUCGGUGCACCGGGUCCUUCGCCAACUGCUGCCAAUAGUUUCACCUUCCCAGGUGCUGGGCUAUUUCCUCCCGGGGCUGGUCCUCAUCAAAUGCAUCCACAUCUAGACAGACGACUACUCAGAGCCCCAGGCAGAGCGUCGAGGCCUAAGAAACAGUUCAUCUGUAAAUUUUGCAACCGACAAUUCACGAAGUCCUACAAUUUGCUUAUCCACGAAAGAACACACACCGACGAGCGUCCCUAUUCCUGUGAUAUUUGUGGGAAGGCAUUCAGAAGACAGGAUCACUUACGAGAUCAUAGGUACAUACAUUCAAAAGAGAAACCCUUUAAGUGCACAGAAUGUGGAAAAGGAUUCUGCCAGUCGCGGACUUUAGCUGUCCACAAGAUUCUCCAUAUGGAAGAAUCUCCCCACAAGUGUCCUGUCUGCAGCCGUAGUUUCAACCAGCGCUCGAAUCUCAAAACACACCUUCUAACCCAUACUGACCACAAACCUUAUGAAUGUAAUUCAUGUGGAAAAGUAUUCAGAAGGAACUGUGACUUGAGAAGGCAUGCUUUAACACAUGCUGUAGGAGACGUUCCAGCAGGUGACGUAUUGGAUGUAGGUGAAGAAGAUAUUGGUAGACCUGGUUCACCUAAUGAACCCGGUUUCGAUGACGAUGACCCUGAAUUGUCAUCUCCAGAACAUUCUCCAGUAAGAAGAGCACGUUCUUCAUCAAUCGAAAGCAUUGGAAGAGAAAAAAGUGAGGAAAGACCACGCCCUGUAUCUCCGUCCCCAGUUGAACGCACACACUGCCACCAUAAUGAAGCCAGAGAUAGGGCGAGUCCUUAUACAAUGCGACCUCAACAUUUUGACAAGCAUCGAAUGAUGUCGUCAGAUAUUUAUGAAAAAAGACGAUACACAACAGACGAAAUAAUAGAAAAAGAAAUGCGCUACGUUGAUAUACCUGAACAUCAAGUUCGUCAUCCACAAUUACAGAUUCGUCGAGAUUUACACCAAGUACCACCGCCUGAUCCCUCGAAAAUCAAUCAAUUGGCUAGCCCACCAAUAGAUCCUGGGCCUACAGGGAUGUAUUUAAGUCCAUUUAGAAAAAGAAGUCAUCCACCCGAUAUCGGUGAUAAUGUACGAACUUGCGCAGCUGUCUAUAGAAGUCGAUCACCAGAACCCACAAACUUGACAAUGCCCAGACAUGCGAUUGGUAAUAGUGAUGUCGUAAUUGGCAUACCACCGACAAUGAUGGCAAUGCCGCCAUACCAUAAGUUUGGAAUGCCAUUGCCCCCGCCACAUACACAAAUUCCGUAUGGUGCAGUGCAACAUUCUGUUCUUGGGCCUCAACAAACGGUAGCCCAAGAUUUAAUUGUGAAACACGCUCCACCAAAAGAUACAAUACCGAGCACUUCAACAAGCGUAACAAAUUGUAAAGACACAACUCAAAACAUCAUGAAAGAUAAUCUAGAUACAGACUCAAAUUCGAUUGCUAAUGGAAUCAAAAAUAUUGUUGGCAUACAGCCAAAAAUUAACCCCAAACCGGGAACAAGUCAAUCAAGUGGUCCUAAAAAAGGCUUUAGCAUAGAAGAUAUAAUGAGACGUUAAGUUAUUUGACGGAUUAAGUGAUAAUGUUUAGACAUAACUGUAUAUAAAAUUUAACAGCAUUUUAAUUUUAAAGUUAGCGUUAAUUUUUGAGAAGUAUUAUUAGAACAAAGUUUUGUAAGAGAGAUUUAAGGAAUUCCUAGAGGUAUGCUUGUAUGUAUUUGUAACGUGGAUUUGGUUUUCGUAAAGAUCUCAUAGGAUUUGUUUGUGCAGUGUUUUGUUUACGUCCAAAAUUUUAAGAAACUAGUUUAUCAAAAUUAUAAGCCAUACAAUAAUUAUGUUUAAUUAUUUUUUACGUUUAAAGUUCCAAUGUAGAUGUGUUAUAAUUUUAUUUAAGUAUGUGUGGUUCGAUAUGACUGUAUCAGAAUAAUUAAAUUGAUGUGUUAUUUAUUAUUUAGAUAUUGUUAAAUAAAAAUACAUUAAGAAAGCAAUGUUAGGUUAAUGUUUUAGAUUUAAAUUUAUUGACAUAUUUAUAAUUUGUAAGAGAUAACGUAUGACAAUUGGAUAUGCAAUAAGUAUUAUUGAAGCCCUUUUAGAAAUAGAGAUUAUGUAAUUGCAUUGUAAAAAUGAUUAUUUCGAUUUAUUACUAUAUCUAAGCGAUAUACAGAUGUUGAGUACUUAUCCUUCCAUUAAAAAGAUAAGAAAAAAAUAAAUGUACUUUUUACACGUCUUUUAAACUUUUAAACAUUGUAAAAGAAAUUACUUGUUGCUCAGAUUUUUAUACUUAAGUGUUUUGACUCAGUAAUGUUAUGUAUGUAUAUUCUUAUUUUUUAUCUUAAUAAUAAAUUAUCAGAAAAGCAUU